GAAGUAAACAAAUCUCACAUGUUAAGAGUCUCGUUCAAAGCUUGUUCGGGUCAUUUGAAAGCGUCGGUCCAACUCGGAAACACAUCUGUCCUCUGUUUGUGUUCGGACAGAAGCUAGUGUUGGCUAAUAAUUAAAUUCCCGGAUGUUCCGAUGUCUCGGUACCCAACAACACACACCCUAAAGUCGUCCCCCUGAUAAAAGUGAUAUUCAUCAUCCAGUUCACACGAGUAGAUCUGUCGGGACGUCAGCGGUGUAGAAUCGUUCUAAGGUGCUGUGUGACAUAUGGGCUACACGGGUGAACACUUGACGAUGAGAGAUGGAUGCUGACCUGGAGAGUCUGCGAUGUUUCCAGCACUGUCGUCGUGACAUCAACAUCCUCUGCUUCAGUGUUCCCCGGAUCUGCCCCCUGUGUGGGAGUGACACGGACAGGACAGAGAGCAGGAUACCCCCCUACACCCUCCCAUCCCCAUUUGUAACAUCCUCCAAUAUAACCUCAGGAAUUGUCUUGCGGCCCACUCAAGGGGACUUUCUCCGGUACUACACUUCCCAGGCUGAUCUCCAUAUUGGGGUGACCGACUCAACAGGUUGUGUGUAUGACUUUGAUGAAGAUGGGCUACAUGUUGGCAACACUUGGCCACAGUGUGUUCAAGUCAGACUGCCACCAGACAUCGGCAUGGAAUACAGACACUGGGAUCAAUGUCUUACACAGUUUGCAGACACAUCCACCUGGGGGUCUCACAGCUAUCAUGAACACAUCAACAACUGUUUUGAUUUUGUCCUUCGGUUUCUCCACAACUUGAAACUCCACCAUCUUGUGCCAGCCCUCCGGAACAAGACAGACUUUGCCACUAUGUUGGUUGCCCCGAGUACGACGAGGGCUGCACAGUUUGUGUCCUUGUAUAGACAGGUUAAAGCAGCAGGAUGGGUGUGUCAGGUUGUGUCCUGAUGGCAGGAUGGGUGUGUCAGAAUGUCCUGAUGGCAGGAUGUGUGUGUCAGACCGUGUCCUGGUGACAAGAUGUGUGUGUCAGGCUGUGUCCUGAUGGCAGGAUGCGUGUGUCAGACUGUGACUUGAUGGCAGGAUGUGUGUGUCAGGCUGUGUCCUGAUGGCAGGAUGUGUGUGUCAGACUGUGACCUGAUGGCAGGAUGUGUGUGUCAGACUGUGACCUGAUGGCAGGAUGUGUGUCAGACUGUGACCUGAUGGCAGGAUGUGUGUCAGGCUGUGUCCUGAUGGCAGGAUAUGAGUCAGGCUGUGUCCUGAUGGCAGGAUGUGUCAGACUGUCCUGAUGGCAGGAUGUGUCAGGCUGUGUCCUGAUGGCAGGAUGUGUGUCAGGCUGUGUCCUGAUGGCAGGAUGUGUCAGACUGUGUCCUGAUGGCAGGAUGUGUGUCAGGCUGUGUCCUGAUGGCAGGAUGUGUCAGACUGCCCUGAUGGCAGGAAGUGUGUCAAUUAUGACAACAUUGAUAAUGAUUGCUUAUGUUGACCCACAUCAAUGCCAGUUAGAUGUUGAAAAAUGAGUUUCAUUUAUUUGUAUGUAUGGCUUUUGGUUUUUAAGGAAAUGAGUUAUUCACCAUUGACUUUAUAAUAAUACAUCCUUAGAACAUUUUGUAAAUCUUAUGAAUAUCAGAUUCCAUCCACCUCAGGAAAUGUAUCUAAAGUUAUAUUUUAUGCUUUGAAGUUAUACUUGUUGCAACAUUUGUGAUAUUCAUUUUCUGAUUUACAUAACAAAACAUAUGUGAUGUCAUGUUAUGUCCUGUAUGCAUGUGGCCUUAGACACAAUAAAGAUUUUUUUACAGAUGGGCCAUGACACGACUAUAAUUGUAUGCCACACCUCUUUUAUCAUUUUCUGAAUACCAUCCCAGUACUGCCCCCAGUACUGCCCAGUACAAUGAAGAAUACUACCCCAGUACUGCCCGGUACAAUGAUGAAUACUACCCCAGGACUGCCCAGUACAAUGAUGAAUACUUCCCCAGUACUGCCCAGUACAAUGAUAAUACUUCCCCAGUACUGCCCAGUACAAUGAUAAUAAUUCCCCAGUACUGCCCAGUACAAUGAUAAUACUUCCCCAGUACUGCCCGGUACAAUGGUGAAUACUACCCCAGUACUGUCCAGUACAAUGAUGAAUACUACCCCAGUUCUGCCCAGUACAAUGAUAAUACUUCCCCAGUAAUGCCCAGUACAAUGGUGAAUACUACCCCAGUACUUGCCAGUACAAUGGUGAAUACUACCCCAGUACUUGCCAGUACAAUGGUGAAUACUACCCCAGUACUUGCCAGUACAAUGAUGAAUACUACCCAAGUACUGUCCAGUACAAUGAUAAUACUUCCCCAGUACUGCCCAGUACAAUGAUGAAUACUUCCCCAGUAAUGCCCAGUACAAUGAUGAAUACUUCCCCAGUACUGCCCAGUACAAUGAUAAUACUUCCCCAGUACUGCCCAGUACAAUGGUGAAUACUACCCCAGUACUUGCCAGUACAAUGAUGAAUACUUCCCCAGAACUGUCCAGUACAAUGAUGAAUACUCCCCCAGUACUGCCCAGUACAAUGAUGAAUACUACCCCAGUACUGCCCAGUACAAUGAUGAAUACUACCCCACUACUGCUCGGUACUAUUUUAAGCUCAGCUGAACAAAACCUCUUAAGUAAUUUGUCAUUAUGUAUUAGAGUUAAAAAUUCUAAAGAUGGUACCAGGAAGAACUCAGAUUUGAUGACAUAACAAUGAUAAUAUAGUUAUUUUCUGUGUUAUAAUCCUCUCCUGUCCAUGAUGUGACCAAGGUAGCUCCACAAUUGACCUCUGUAUUAUUCAUGACUUUAAAUCUUAGUGUUAUUUCAUUCAUUAUUUUAAUGUUUAUAGUAUGUCACGUGCAAUGUUGAAAUGGUAUAAAAUGGUACACAAAUUUAGAA